AAGUCUUUGGACCAGGGGUGCUUACACGCUUUCAUGCUGUCAAUGUGCCAACUAUCCCUUUGGGAACUUAUCUAAGACGUCUUGCUAGGAAAUUUAAUUGUUCUACCAUCUUCUUUAUCAUCGCUCUCAUUUACAUCGACAGAGUUAAGCUAGGGCGGCGCGAAACAUUCAGGAUCAACUCAUACAGUAUUCACAGAUUGCUACUAUCAGCACUCCUGGUCUCCAUCAAGUUCUAUGAUGACUGUUAUUAUAGCAAUGCGAAUUAUGCAAAGUUCGCAGGGAUCCGCUUGGCUGAGCUUAACUCCCUUGAGGAGGGAUUUCUCAGACUCAUAAGUAAUGAGGAACAUUAUUCGCCCUUUU